UGAAGUCGUGUGCUGUGUUCGGCUGCAAAAGCUUACGUUUAACCCGGGGAUGGAGUAACAGAGAGCAGGGUGGUGAUGGGUCAGGUUUAGGGAUUCAGAGGGCCAACAUGUGGUGUCUCCAGUGUGCCUCUGACAGGACUCAGUCCUUACUGGAGCUGGAGUCAGACAGCUGUGUGGAAGGUGAUGCCCCAGGCAGUGAGUUGGGCGCCUCUGUGGACCCCAGCAGCGGCUAUAGUUGUGUCCCAGUGACCCGCAGCGGCGGGCUCGGCCCGGACCACUUGGACAGCCAGCUCUACGGACACAUCUUCCUGCCGGGCCACCAACGGCCCCGCCGACCCAAGCUCCAGCACUCCCAGUCGAUCCUCCGAAAGCAGGCAGAGGAGGAGGCCAUCAAGCGCUCCCGCUCACUGUCAGAGAGCUAUGAGCUCUCAUCAGAUCUACAGGACAAGCAGGUGGAGAUGCUAGAGCGGAAAUAUGGUGGGCGUUUCAUAACCCGGCAUGCAGCCCGCACCAUCCAGACAGCCUUCCGCCAGUACCAGAUGAACAAGAACUUUGAGCGUCUUAGAAGUUCUAUGUCUGAGAACCGUAUGUCCAGACGGAUCGUCCUAUCAAAUAUGAGAAUGCAGUUUUCCUUCGAAGGACCUGAAAAAGUCCACAGCUCCUACUUCGAGGGAAAGCAGGUCUCGCUAACAGAUGACGGGACCAAAAUCGGAGCACUGGUGCAGUCAGAGCAUGGUGGGGAAAUGGGCAUGCAGGCCAAAACCCCCACCACACAGAGCGACUUCACAGAUGCUAUCACAGAACUAGAAGAUGCCUUCUCCAGGCAGGUCAAAUCUCUAGCCGAGUCCAUAGAUGAUGCUCUAAACUGUCGCAGUCUGCAUGGUGACGACAACCAGUCUGAGCCAAUAAGAGGCCACCAGGAUAUGGACAGGGAGGUCAGCUGUCAGGUGAAACCCUCCCACAGUGCUUCAGAACAUUGCAAACUGGACGAGAUGACAGCAUCAUACAGCGAUGUCACCCUUUACAUCGAUGAAGAAGAACUGUCACCACCACUGCCCCUGUCUCAGUCUGUAGACCGGCCUUCCAGCACAGAAUCGGACUUGCGUCAACGUUCCCUUAACUCUUCCCAGGACUACUGGUCACUGGCUCAUAAGGAUGAGAAAGGGGACACGGACACGAGCUGCCGCAGUACACCAUCUCUGGAGUGCCAAGAGCAGCGCUUGCGUGUAGACCAUCUACCCUUACUGACCAUUGAGCCCCCGAGUGACAGCUCGGUGGAGCUGAGUGAUCGUUCUGAUCGCAGCUCUUUGAAGAGACAGAACGCCUAUGAUCGAAGCCUCAGCAACCAGCAGAGCAGCCCCAAACACAUCAGCCACAGCCUGCCACCACGAGGGCCUUCCAGAGAAGAGGACUCUACCCGCCAUCGGCCACGACAACUUGAGGCCCACCUGGCUAUCAAUGGCACAGCAAACCGGCAGAGCAAGUCGGAGUCCGAUUUCUCUGACGGUGACAACGACAGCAUCAACAGCACAUCCAACUCCAAUGACACCAUCAACUGCAGUUCUGAGUCCUCGUCCAGGGACAGCCUGAGGGAGCAGACACUCAGCAAGCAGACGUACCACAAAGAGACUCGCAACAGCUGGGACUCACCUGCAUUCAGCAAUGACAUCAUCCGCAAAAGGCACUACCGCAUUGGCCUAAACCUCUUCAACAAGAAACCAGAAAAAGGCAUCCAGUAUCUGAUAGAGCGAAACUUUGUUCCAGACACUCCAGUGGGUGUGGCCCACUUCCUGCUCCAGAGGAAAGGCUUGAGUAGGCAGAUGAUUGGCGAGUUCCUGGGUAACAGACAGAAACAGUUCAACCGAGAUGUCCUCGACUGUGUGGUGGAUGAAAUGGACUUCUCAAGUAUGGAACUGGAUGAAGCACUCAGGAAAUUCCAGGCACACAUAAGAGUGCAGGGAGAAGCUCAGAAGGUUGAGCGGCUGAUAGAGGCCUACAGCCAACGCUACUGCAUCUGCAACCCUGGUGUGGUGCGACAGUUCAGGAACCCUGACACCAUCUUCAUCCUGGCUUUUGCCAUCAUCCUCCUCAACACAGACAUGUACAGCCCCAACGUCAAACCUGAGAGGAAGAUGAAGCUGGAAGACUUUGUUAAGAACCUCCGAGGAGUGGAUGAUGGGGAGGACAUCCCUCGAGAGAUGCUCGUCGGGAUAUAUGAGCGGAUUCGUAAGAGAGAGCUCAAGACUAAUGAAGACCACGUGUCCCAGGUUCAGAAAGUGGAAAAACUCAUUGUUGGAAAAAAGCCGAUUGGCUCGUUACACCAUGGUCUGGGCUGUGUACUAUCCCUACCCCACAGAAGACUGGUCUGUUACUGCAGACUUUUUGAAGUACCCGACCCCAACAAACCACAAAAGUUGGGCCUGCACCAAAGGGAGAUCUUCCUCUUCAAUGACCUGCUCGUGGUUACUAAAAUUUUCCAAAAGAAGAAGAACUCUGUGACGUACAGCUUUCGGCAGUCCUUCUCGCUUUAUGGCAUGCAAGUGCUGCUCUUUGAGAAUCAGUAUUAUCCCAAUGGAGUCCGUCUGACCUCGGCCAUUCCUGGAGCUGACAUCAAAGUUCUCAUCAACUUCAAUGCACCCAACCCUCAGGACCGCAAAAAGUUUACUGACGAUUUACGAGAAUCUAUUGCUGAAGUCCAAGAGAUGGAGAAGUACCGGAUAGAAUCUGAGCUAGAAAAACAGAAGGGGGUGGUGAGGCCCAGCAUAUCCCAGGGUUCAGGUUUAAAGAAGGAAACAGGCAACGGCAACCUGAACCGAGCAAGCCUCGACGACAGCUACGCCAUUGGCGAAGGUUUGAAGAGGAGCGCUCUCAGCAGCUCCCUACGUGACCUUUCAGAUGCAGGCAAGCGUGGGAGACGCAGCAGUGCAGGAUCACUAGACAGCAAUAUGGAAGGGUCCAUCAUUAGCAGUCCUCACAUGCGGCGGAGAACCCCCUCCAGCCGGGACUGCCCAUCCCGCCACAGUGGCCAGUCCCUGCCCAACUCCUCUUCACUGCUUGGAUCUUUGUUUGGCACCAGACGGGUGAAGUCCCCCAGCCCCACCCCGCAUCCAACCCUCAUCUCCCACACCCCUCACCCCGCCAACCUGCACCACACUGCCCGGGUGGAGACAGACACACCGGUCCCCAUGCAUCACGCCCAGUUCUGCCACAUGACCCAGAACCCCCCGCCUUACCACCAUCACCACCACUAUCACCCGCCGGCCCAUUUGCAGCACCCUCCACACCAGUACCACCCGCAGCCCUCUCAUGGCCAGCAGCCUCCCUACCCACCUCAUGCACAGCACGGCCACGGAAGCCACCCAGCACACUCCUCCCACCCAGCUCACGGCACCCACCACCAUGGCCCACCGCCAGCACCCUCCCAGGCAACCAGCAGCACCAAGCCCAAGCACAGUGGAAUCAGUACAGUGGUCUGAUGCAACCAGGGGCUCUCUGGGUUCUCUGACUGAACUUUGAUUGACGAGACGGUCGCACUGUGCAUCGUCUGAUCUGGGGAUGUGAAGCCAGACGAGAUCCAGUGCCUCCUUCAGCAUUUUUCUUUUUUUGUUACGCUCGUCACCGGGGCAGUUUGUUCGAUAUAAACACGUUUCUUUUUGUGGUUGCUCCUUUUGUUUUGUUUCAGCUCAUAAGUCAUGUCUGCCUGCUUCAAGAGCACCAGACAACAACACAAGAGCAUGCACAAAGACCACGACUACUGUUUCUCCUCAGUAAAUUAAAGGAACACGAUCUAAUAUCUUGCUUACUAGUAUUUUACAGACAAAGUAAAUAGUAAUCUUGACUUUAACGUCUACAAAGUGAUUUUAUCUAGUGCGAGGGUGGUUUGGCUGAACAGACAGACAGAUAGACAGAUAGAUAGACAGACAGACAGACAGACAGACAGACAGACAGACAGACAGACAGACAGACAGACAGUCAUCCUCAGCAGUAGCUGUACGAGUAUUUAAUGUAGCGGUAGCUCACAGUGCACUGUGAUAUCUCUGUUAGCAGUGAUAAAUGUGCCAAUUAUUUAAGCAUUUACUAAUUUAGUCACAGAAAUGCUUUAUGUAUAUUGUGCAUAGUAUUUUGUAAAAAAAAUAUCAACUGUUAUUAAUAUAAUUAUUAUUAUUGCAGAACAAAUGGCAUCAAUUAAAACUCUCAGUAUUAUACUCGCACAUAGGUGCCGUAGUUUCACUGUUAAGAAAACAAUCAAAGCUUUUCAUAGUUAGGCAGUUUCAGUCAGCUGGAACAGUACUCUAUAUUGUUGCCUUUCAGUUAGAACUCUGUGCAGAUUGAUAGCAGACGGCCGGUGCAGACCCUCACACCGGCCUGCAUACAGCCUCAUCCCCUUGUCUUCUGCUUUGGAUCGUCUGGAAAGAGGAAGUCACAGCGAGCUGCUGAGCAAACAGAUUCACCUGAAUGUCCGCCCUUCAGUACAGGCUGCUUGUCCGCCAUCAUUUUAUUUUUUUAACUACUUUUCCAAUAAACAAUAUGAAAUGCUCUAUAUGUUGUACUGCAACCCGGCAGGAUUCUUCAAGUCUAUUCAGCAGGAAGAGGAGGAGGACGAGGACGAGGAGGUUUUUGUGCAAAAACUGUGUAGCAGGAAAACAGCAACAUGACUGUUUAAGUGUCUGUCCUGACGUGGAAGCUCUCAGCUGGCUGAGUGUGCCCUGUCCCUCUUUGGUUUCAUCUCGAGCAGCGAGUGUGUUGUGCAGUGCUGUUUACUUCCCCCCGAUCGGACUUAUCCUCAGAGCCACACGGACGCCGCAACACAAAAAUCAAUAAUUAUCAUUCUGUGAUGGUGGUAGCACUCUUCUGCUUCACUCGCCACAAAUGGCAGUUUUAUAUCAAUCAUCUUUCUGACAUAUUACGGCUGUACCUUGCAGCCAUCCUGUGCACAGUAUCUGCGGUGUGUGUGCAGAGCGGAGGCAGGCAGGGGGCUGGUGUGCUGGAGCUUAUUUUCUGUUAAAAGCGAUAGACACAGCACUUCUACUUAGUUAAUAUCAAUGGCAGAGAUUAGUCUGUAUCUGCUAUGAGAUGGAUUUUUUUUUUACUUGUAUGUGCAAUAUGUAUUUACUUUCUUUUUGUCUAAGAGCAAUUGCAAUCUGGUGGUUGUUCCAUUUUGUUAGUUCUGUUAGUUUUGUUGUCCCACCCUCGACGUCCUUUGUCAUUUCUUCCUCAAUGUUUCAGUGAAGUGCAAGUAUCCACAUGGAUUCGGAGGGACUGGACCUUCAACACUGAUAAAGAAUGUCAAAGAAAAUAAUUGCAUGUAACAAUGUUAUUUCAAGGCUAUUUUCUAACUAUUGUGUAUUCCUGAACUAUAUCAGUGUUACAGUUGUUAAGACAGUUGUUAAAAAUGAAUGGUAGAAUAGUUUUGACUUCUUCAAUUACAGCUAACUGAAGUUAACUCUGUAUUUGUGUCACUCCAGAGGAUAAACAAAUCUGUAUCUUUCCCUGAUCCACAUACGGUAGUUUACUGGGUCUUUAGCAUACAACAGUAGUCAAAUCUGGAUGUUAUCGCAGCUGUGAGGGGAAAAGGCAGAGCCGGCGUGAUGAAUGAUGUACGGCCAUGAGCAUAAUGAAUGGAACUCGUUUAUCUUCAUAUUUCUCAUCUGUCUGGCUCACAUAUUACUGUUGUCAAGUGAAGUCCAGUAGAUCAGUAUUCUUAAACACUUCAAGGUUCAGGUUUCCACUUUCCAAUACAGACUAAAGGAUUUAUAAGUUGUAACUAAUUAUAUUGAUUGGCUGACGUCAAUUAACUGCUAACUUUAUUGAUUUCAAGUAAUUUCCUAAUGCUUUAUACAUUGGUAUUAAGCCAUUCGUAAGAAAAAGAGCUUUAGUCUCAUGUUCAAAAAAAGUCCCCUGGUCUGGUGUUUAUCCUCACAUUUCCUGUCAGUAAGCAGAUCAGCCGAUUGGUGGUGGUAACGCCCAAGGACGCAUAGCAAGGCAGUGAAGAAGAAGACUGCAAACAGGCGUAGAUGUAAACAUAGAUGCAAAAUGUACCUAAACAUCGGCUUUGUGAACAUUUCAUGGGGAGGACAAUGCACUCAACGUGCUUGUUUUUACCACAUAAAUACAUUGUACUCACUUUUAUGGAAAAACAAAACAAAACAAAACAUUAACCUUGUGGGAAAAGAGGGAUUUAGAUUAAUCAUGAGACUAGAGUCAGGAUAUGGGUGGCUUUCUAUCCCUGCUAAACAAUUUUUGGUAAAACCUUUUGGGAGGAUAAACAACCAAAGAGAUUUUUCACAACCUGGCAACCCAAAUCUACUUCUCAUCAAUAGCGUAUUACUUAGACAUUGCUUUUACAUUAGUUACAACCUAUAAAUGCUCUAUAAAGGGAAGGGUGCCUCAUUAGCAUACCUAAUAAAAAUAUCAGUCAUGAUUCCAAAUGUAUUUAGCAGGCUUUAUGUACUGUAGGCUACUCUAAAAAUCUAAUAUUCGUCUGAUCUGUCAAAUAUACAGCAGUUAACCCGGCGUAGUUUAGGUCCUACGGAGUCAGAAAAGUGCCAAUAUAAUAUAGCAUGAUCAUCACAUUUUAAAUGUAAAUGUAAUAAGAGUUUCGUACCAAAUAAAUUGGGGACCAAAUUUAUUAAACCCUCCACAACCCCAAAGUUGAUUACAACUUCUGUCUUUCAACCUAAGUCUGAUUAUUAAUUGGUUGCUAUGGAAUAAUGGUGGACAUGCUGGACACCAGUCAACAAGAAAUCUAGCUUUAAUGAAUAUUAAACAUGAGUGUUUUUAGUCACAACCCUCCAGUUCCUUCAGAUGACUAAUGUAAUGUAAAACCUGUCCAGAUUCCGUGUGAGGUGCUUUGUUGCAUGCCAUUGAUGCCUACCCUUUUUUCUUGUCUUUUCUUUUUUCUUUUUCUUUUUUAUUUAAGUGUUGUUUUAUUGAGCAGCGGGCUUGACUAGACCCUAAACUUUGCUUUGAUGCUUGUUUACAUUUAGAUGAUUUCUGGCCUACUAGUGUGUCUUUUCAUUUAAAGUUGUGUCAUUCUCCUCCGGCAUGCAUUUCACCUCUAUUUCCACUGUACAGUAUAAAGACAUGGCAGUAUACUGCUGAGUGUAAAUAGCAAAUCCAUCUGGGGAAAUCUAACGUAACCUGAUGAAGAGGGUUUGAAAGGGAUGAAACAUUUUAAGGGUGGGCAGUAAAGACUGAGAAAACAUAUGUAAAUAGUGUGUAAAUUAUUAUUAUUAUUAUUAUUACUCAAUGUCUGCAGUUACAUUGAAGCUGCAUUCCUGAUCCCCUCUGAUAUUUACAUAAUCAUCUACUGCUUCUCUCUGCCUCCGACAGGACUGAAUUAUCAUAGGAUCUAGAGAUGAACAGCCAACUGUUACACAGUUAACACCGCUUCUGACUUAUUUCCUGAGACGCUCCUGUUCUCUCACACUCACAGCCCACUUUUGAAGUCAAAGGGAAGGGAGUAGUGCUCUUAUUUUAUUAUGCAUUCUGUUUCUAAGUAGACAAAACCCCACUUGAUGUAAAACUAGUACUGUGACGAUGUUGCGAACGCAAAAUAAAGCGAUAUACUGUCAGACCUGA